AUGACCAACCGGAAGGAGUGGCUGAAAAAUUUCAGAGCAUCACCGAUACCGUACGUGCUGUUGGGAGACGAGGGGAAACUUCCUGUGAAAGGGGAAGGAGACCUAGUGCUGCAAAGUGCUUAUGGUGAGGUGAAGCUGGACAACGUGCUGCUGGUGGACAAGCUCACGCUCAACCUCAUUAGCCAAUCGCAGCUGGAUAGUGGUGGGUGCAAAACUUUCAGCGACAAGGGGAGCAUAUGGGUCUUUGGAGCGGAUUGGAAGGUGAUAGCGGAAGGAUCACGCAAGCAAGGGCUAUACGAGAUGAAGCUGCACGAAAAACAGAGUGGGGACAAGGUCACAUACCUGGCUGAACCGGAAGCGGGUAAGGUGGCACGAGAUGAGCUCCGCACCAAGCUCGAAAGGGUGCCGAUCAAGGAGUUGCAGCAGCAGGCGCUUCCUAUGGCUGCAGCAGUGAGCACGGUGGACGUUAACCUGCUACAUCGGAGGAUGGGGCACGCUGGUCACACUCGAAUCAAGGAGCUGGUUAAGAAAAACAUGGCAGCGGGAGUAAAGGAAGCGGCAGCAGCACCAACCCCUGUGGAGGAAAUGGUUGAUGGGAGUGAGAAGGAGGGGAUAGGGGCAGCCAAUGGAAGCGGUGACAAUGACGACUACGAAGACCACACUACGCCGGGUUUCGAUUGGGUGUGGGAGGUCCAGGAGCUGUCCUCACCUUCAACUGCUGUGGAAGAGGGUGAAGAAGACAAUGAUAAGGGAGAAGAAGCGGGUGACAACUCAACGAAUGAAGCCGGUGAGGAAGAAGCUGAAAUUUCUGAUGUGGAGGAGAGUGUGGCUGAAUCUGCUAGUACGGGCUACUCCGACCCAUGGCGAAUCUUUGACACGGGGGACAAUGAAAAGGUGGCAGCAGAGAUUGAAGACCUACUUUCGGACGGUGCGAUCGUCAUUGGAAGGGAGAUUGAAGGAGAUUUCGUGCAACAAGGAGCGGAUGAUAAUGCAGCGGCAGAGAAAAGUGGAGCUGAAAAUGAGAAUGAGGAGAUGGGGAAAGGGAAACGAGUCAAGAAACCCAAUCCUAAUCUUGGAAAACCAGAAUUCUCUCCUAGCAUCUACUACCUUCAACGCUAG